CUGAAAGUAAGUACUUAAGGAGAUUAUGAAGAACUCGUAAGUAUAUGCUAUAGCUUCGAGCUAUUCUAUCUCUUGAUUCUUUCCCAGCUCGAGAAAAUAUGAGCACCUCCGCCAGAAACACAUUCGAUCCCAGCUUGGACAUACCCGACAUACCUGGGAAGGUCGUUCUCAUAACUGGCGGAAAUGCUGGGAUAGGAAGAGCAACAUGCUUAGCCUUGGCCAGGCACCAUCCAGCUUGCAUCUACAUUUUAGCACGUAAUCAGCAGACAUCGGAAGCUACUAUUGCUGAAGCCCAGAAGCUUGCUCCGAACACAACAAUCAGUUUCAUAGAGUGUGACCUUGCAUCAUUGGCUUCUAUACAGCAAGCUGCCAAGCAUGUAACAGCUGCCACUCAAAGACUUGACCUCGUUUUCUGCAAUGCUGGAAUCCUGGGCGCUCCUCCUGGCUUAACCAAAGAUGGAUAUGAAGUACAUUUUGGUGUCAACCAUCUUGGCCAUGCCCUUCUUUUGAAACUUCUCAUGCCGAAUCUUCUCGCAACAGCUGUGCUGCCAUCUGAUGUAAGAGUGGUGACCACCUCGUCUGACGGUUAUCGAUUCCAUGCCUCGGAAGGUAUCGUGUUCAAGGGCCUCCGAAGCACGCAGGAGAACUUGAACUUUAUGGGAAGGCUUGGAGGAUGGCUUCGAUAUUUUCAGUCAAAGUUGGCCAACAUUGUAUACACCGUCGAGCUCGCACAUCGAUACCCAGCAAUUAAGUUUGUUGCUGUUCACCCCGGCAUCGUGGACACUCCACUAACUCCAAAUUGGAUUAAAAGCACAGCUAUCAUGAGACAAUUGAUGGCUGGUGGAGAUCUCAGAACGCCUGACCAAGGGUCCUGGAAUCAGCUUUGGGCGGCUACUAGCCAGCAAGUAUCGAGUGCGCAAUAUUAUGAACCGGUAGGAAUCGUUGGUAAGAGAACGAAGAAGUCGAAGGAUCCCAAGCUGGCACAAGAAUUAUGGGAUUGGACAGAGACGCAGCUGAAGGAAUGGAGUAUCUGAGAAUCACAACCUACACUAAAAUCACAGAGACC